CUGAUUUCUCCGAGUCUCUUUCCUUCAAGUUACAAGACGACAACAAAUACAACCUCACGGUGCUCGUCUUGUUUGUCUUUGCCUUUGCUUUGUUGUUUUGAAAAUAAAUAUCUCAAAGACUUCUCCCUGAGUUUGACUGGCUAGUAUUCAACGGCCAUUUCCCAUCUUACGGACCCAAUUCUUGUUUCAUGUUUUCUUCUUUUGCUCUGUUUCUUAGCGAAAGUAUUGAUCUUGCUGUUUGGAAGUAAUGGUCGGUGCUUUGUUUGUUGUUGGCUCGUCGGUUAUGGAUUCACCAAACGGUCCAUGUUUAUGUCUAGAUGCUCACGCAAGGAGCUCUCGAAACAAGAAGAAGAUCCUUGGCAGCAGUGCGGGAAGCUCCUUCACUGGUUCAGUCAUUGUUUUCAGGCUUUCUUCUAAGCGCGUACCAAGGAUUGCGACUCGAAGGAGCAAAAGAAGGCUCUUGAUUGUCAAUGAGGACGUUGCUGGGAACUACAAUGAUACUUUCGGAGAUGUUAAAACGGUGAGAAAGAUUGUUUUUGAGAGAUCAUUUCGGAGAUAUUAGGAUUAGAUUAACAAAAACACUUUGGAGAUCAUUUUUGGCUUGUGGUCUUAUGUGUCUCCUUUGUUUUACAAUAGUUACGUCGUAUCAAACAGACCAACCGAUGGCAAACGUUUCCUCCGCACCCUCGGCAAGGAGAGUCAGGAGCUUGCAGAAAGAGUAAUGAUCACGCGUCUCCACUUGCCAUGCAAGUGGAUCAAGAAAUGCGACCAUGGGAAGAUAUACCAAGAUAUAACAGAUGAGAACUUGGCUUUGAUGCGUGAACGACUAAUGGAGACUGUGAUAUGGCCAAUUCCGAUGAUUCAACCUGAAGAAGAAAUGUCACACCACAGCAUUUAGGAACAUGAGUCUUUUUAGUUUGAUUUACAUUGUGUGUGUAUGUAUAUAUGUGUAAAGGUUCUCAGUCAGUCUCUUAAUCUCACAUCAACACUUU